UUGAGGCUGAGCGUUUGAGGUGAGAAAAAUUAUAUAGUAGACCUUUAAACACAAACUACAACAAAAACAAUGGAGUCCAGAGUAAAAAUGCCUCUUCUCGUUGUCCUUCUCUUCUCCCUUGUCUCAGGAGGCUUGUCAAUUACCUUCACGUUUAAAAACAACUGUCCUUUCACAGUAUGGCCAGGGACAUUAACAGGAGGUAACAAGCCCCAACUUUCUUCAACUGGUUUCGAGUUGGCCCCUGGAGCUUCAAAUUCCAUAGAUGCCGGAGUUGGAUGGUCCGGCAGGUUCUGGGGUCGAACAACUUGCUCAUCUUCAACUGGAAGUUUUAAAUGCGAAACCGCAGACUGUGGCUCCAGUCAAGUUGCAUGCAAUGGGGCAGGUGCAAUUCCACCGGCCAGCUUGGUAGAAUUCACUCUAGGCAGCCCGGAUUUCUACGAUAUCAGCCUUGUUGAUGGAUUUAACUUGGCUCUCUCGGUGACUCCACAAGGUGGAUCUGGUGGUUGCCCAUCGGUGGGAUGUUCAGCUAAUGUGAACUCGGUUUGCCCAGCAGAACUGGCUGUGAAGAGGACUGAUGGGACUACGGUUGGUUGCAAAAGUGCCUGCGGUGCAUUAGGCAGUCCUGAGUAUUGUUGCUCUGGUGCCCAUAAUACUCCUGAGACUUGCCCACCUACCAACUACUCUAAAAUCUUCAAGGAUCAGUGUCCUCAAGCAUACAGCUACGCAUAUGAUGAUAAGACAAGCACAUUUACAUGCGGUACUGGUGCUAAUUACCUCAUCACCUUCUGCCCUUGAAAUAGAUGAUUUAGAACGAAACUUGGGCUGCCUGAGUUGCAGCCACCAUACCAGUUAGGAGAAUAGUAUCUUAGGAAUAGGGGUGGAAAAUUUCCUAGGAUCCGAAAAAUAAGGGAGAGAAAUAUAUGUACCUUUUAGAUUAAGUGCUAUUCAGUCUCUCCACUUGAUUGUAAAUUUCCAUUUUUAAUAAAUAAAAGUGAACGACCUUUGGACGAUAAA